AUUAGCCGGCAAAAACUAAACAAAAACAAAAUGGCGGAAAUAGGUCAUGUUUGCAACUUCAAGGGCUGCGGGAAGCGCUUCAAAAAACCUAUGAGACUGGAAGAACACAAGCGCAAACACACAGGGGAGCGGCCAUGCGUUUGUACGCAAGAUGGCUGCGGCAAGACAUUUGUGCGUGAUGUGCACCUGAAAAGACAUAUGCUCAGCCACACCAGGACAAAGAACUUUUGCUGCUCUCACGACGGGUGUGAACUAACAUUCGCCACCAAGCACUAUCAAAAGAGGCAUGAGGACCGCGCCCAUAAUAGACCAUUCAAGUGCCCCUAUGAGGGAUGCAAUGUAGAAUUUACUAGAUGCAGUAUUUUGAAGAUUCAUCUAAAUGUGCACACAAAGGAGAAGCCAUACAGGUGCAAAGAAAGAGGAUGUUAUGAUUGUUUUGACACACCUGUGAAACUGAGGAAGCACAAGCGGAGACAUGACAAAGGUUACAUGUGUUACUUCCCACGUGUCCGCAAUGACGAUUUUGCUCACAAAUGGUUGAAGAAGCACAUCUCAUCACACCAGUGCGCCAUAGCCUGUAUGUAGACGUUCACCAAUCUGCAUCCAUAUAGCAUACAGGGAAUGUAGACGUUCACCAAUCUACAUCCAUAUAGCAUACAGGGAUUUAUUUCAAGUCGGUCUUUUGAAAUAGUAAUCAAUGUUUGGGUUUUUAGUAUACUCGAUGUAUAGUUCUAGCCUGGGUUUUCAUGACGAACACGAAUGCUGUUGGGAGGUGCAGGAGGUGACCUGCCACGUGGUCUAUCAUUUGAAGCCUGGGGCAACAAGCCUAUGGCACCCAUGUUAAUAUUGUUACUUUACUUUGAAUUUUUACAGUGGUCUCCAUAAACCCGUGGAAAACACUGUUACACUCUAAUGUCUUUGUUCCCUUUAGUGCUGGCUUGACUACAAUACUACUUUGACUAUCUCACUUUGUUCCACGGGUUUAUGAGAACCAUUGUAGUAGGGUAAUAUUACAGUGUAAGGUUCAGCAUAUCAGAUACCUUGCCAUUGUUACUUUAAAAGGUGAGCCAUCUCAUUGGAGCAUUUUUAAGCUUUUUUACAUACUUUUUGGGGCUCCUUUAUUGUAAUUCUGAUAGUGUUCUGUUAUAUAAAUGGAAAUAAUUUGACAGGACUUCUUUUCAGGAAUAGCUGAUUUUAUAGGGUCUCUGUAAUAUACCGUAAUAUAUUAUACAGGGGAACCCUGUUAACUUGAACCCUCAAGGGGAAACAAAGAACAGUUUGAAUUAGCAGGGAAUUUGAGUUAUCAGAGUAGAAAUGACUGAAAAUUAGUCUUUAAGUAGUUUUUAGUCAGUUUGAGUUAGCAGACUUUGCAGAGAGUUCAAGUUUUAAGUUCGAGUUAUCAGGGUUCCAGUACUUUAUCUCAAAAUUGAGUUUGUCUUUGAAAAUGAAUGUGUUUGUAUGUUUACUGUACAGGAAAUGUAAAUAGUAUUCAGUCCCAUGGACUCAUUAAAUGCUUGAUUAUUAAUA